CAGUGGCAUGCCCUUCCAGGCUUUGGCAAGCUUGGAUUGUGGCUUGGCGCAAUUCGCAGGGCCCGAAAUUUUUGGGGACGGGAAUCUCAUGCCGUCACAUUAACUAGACAGACUCGACCGCCCGGGAUGACCUCCGCCGCUAAUUCCCUUCGGCUGUGUCUUCGGACCAGCAAUCAAAUAACAUCACGUCUUCGGACUGUCCAGCGGCGGCAGGUUCCUCUCGCGCGCCGCGCCCUGUCAACCUCGCAGGCGCGAUGGGUUGCCAAGGAGAAGGGGAAGGACGACGAGGACAGCGAACCCCCCGAGCUGAAAUACUACUCAUCAUUCAAUGACCCGGGCGAGGCUCUUAGAAAUCGGCUGAAAGACGAGACGCUUUCCGAGGAUGACCGUGCAACUAUUACUGGGAUGCUCGAAGAGUGGCAACUGCUCCCGCAACAAAAGAAGGGUGACGCCGAAAGGCUCAAGCGAGACAUCAACAACGAAAUGUCAGACCUCAGAAGGAUUAUCAACCCUAAAAGAGACGCUUUCUGGAACGACAGUGACGAGAAAGACACCGACUUGAUCACGGAUGAGUUUGGCGAGGAUGACUUCGAGGAGGACGACAUGCUCAGUAUGAGUCACGGCAAGCUAGAGGAGCACCGAGAGGCCAGAGAGUACGCGCGCAUUACCGUGUGGGAGAUGCCCCUUCUUUCACAGUUUGCCAAAUCGUUCCAGCCGCCGGCCAAGGAGGACUGCCUGCGCUUCAGAUACACGACCUACAUGGGAGAGCUUCACCCUGCCGACAGAAAGGUCGUCGUCGAGUUCUGCCCUAAGGACGUGCCAGGUCUAUCAGAGGCCCAGCAACUGAAGCUGAAGAAGCUCGCCGGUCCCCGGUACAACCCGGAGAAGGACAUCGUCAAAAUGAGCUGCGAGAGGUUCGAGCACCAGGCCCAGAAUAAGAGAUACCUGGGAGACACAGUGUCCAAGAUGAUUGAGACGGCAAAGGACCCUACCGAUAUGUUCGAGGACAUUCCCCUCGAUACCCGCCAUCACACAUUCAAGGUCAAGCUUAAGUACCCCAAGGAGUGGUACAUAAAUACGAAGCGGCGAGAGGAAUUGGAAGCUCUCCGCAAACAGUCUUUGUUGUUGGAUGAGCAAAGGAGGGCAACUGGCGGCCUCAUUGAUGGUGUCUCUAUAAUCAAGAAAAACUUGUUGGCGGCUGUUGAGCCCGAGCCUGUCAUGGAGCUGAGGGGUGGGCCACGGUCUGGCAAGAUGCGGCGAUGAGGCCUGGACAGUCACACCUCCGCUGAAGGUCCGGGUAUCGUCAUGAUGUCUGGCAAUGACCCAAACCCUGGUCGACCACGCAGCAUUCCACAUUUGCCAAUCUAGUACUGAUGUCUAUUGGGGUCAUCAGAAAGCAAGGUUCGCUGUUGUAUUGAACGCUAUAGUGCACAUUAAUCUGUAUAAAAAUCGGAAGAAGUUAUAUCUUCCAUCCCC